AGGGAUCAUAUGAGUGCCUCCUCUGUGCCUGGUGCCUGUACAUUCUCAGCUGAGCCAUACAACGGAGUAGCUGUGGGUGAUGGCCUCUAGUCUUCCCAACAUCGAGGAGCAGAUUGAAAUGUGCAUGCAGGAGGAACUGGUGCCUGGAGGCCCUAGGCAAGGCCAAAACAGCCUGAUGAUACCUGAUGUACUGGAUCGUCAAUCCCUGUCCCUGAGUGUCUCUCAGAGGCUUCGAAAGCCAAAGCCAAAGGCUACUGCCGCCAUUUUAGCCCAAUCAUCUUGGAAUGCAAAUGCCCCCGGGGCCAGAAAGGAGCACCAGAGACAGGCAUCCAGGAGGUCCAGAAAGCCAGGCCGCAGUAAUGGCUUUUUCAAGGAGUAUCCUGACAGCUUCAAAGGCCAUCAAAAUCAAAACCUGAGGACAGAUAUUAUGGCAGAGAUUGACCUGGCAAACCUCAAUGGAGUGGAGAUGGAAAUCGUAAGAAGACAGCUGCUGGUGAUCACUGAUCGCAUGUGUGCCCUCGAAGAUCAUCAUGCUGCCUGGUGCUUCAAGGAGGCAGUGUUGUUCACAGUGAUGGUGUCAGCUUGCAUUGCCAACUUGUGGCUGUGGAUCCACCAUUGAAGCCGUGGCCACAGCCACCCCGAGCUCGCCCUCCACCUGCCCUCACCCCUUGCCUGUGCUCCCAUGCCCUUGGCCACCCUGCUCCCUGCUCCCAGCUCCCAGCUCCCAGACAGUGUUGGGUCAUUUUCUCAUUCUGCCCAACCCCUGUGCUUUUGAGCAGGCUGGUGGCACAGAGGACUUUUGGAGGCAAAGGAUAGUGACGUCUCCCAUUACAGUGACAUAAGUGGCGGGCUUUGUGGCCUCACUGUCCCUCCUGUUCCAUCUUC